UCAGCUGAUUUUGUGUCCUUUGACAGUUGUUUCCUUUGGUUGUUUCUCAAAUAAUAUAAAACGUAGACAUUAAUGUCGUAGACGUUAAGGUCAUUAAUAUCAAUUUUUAAUAUUUGAGGUGUUUUGUUUAUUUAAUUUUAAACUUAAACUCCUAUCGUUAUACUAAACAUGGAUACAUUUAUUUCUUUUAAUUCUAAAAUAAUGAACAAAAUAAGAACAGCAGGUGAUGGUAUGGAAUCAAAUGAAAACGUGAACGAAAACAAAACAACUAGACCGGAAACCAAAGCGAUUGUUUCUUCUAAUAGUAAAAAAUCUAUAGUUACUGGUCGCUUAGUGCAAUUAUAUCCCACGAAAAUAAUUACGCCUGAAAAGAAGAAUUCUCAUAUAUACUCAAAGAAUCCGAAAUUUGUUCCUUAUGAACCAUAUCCAGGCGCUGUUAAACCAAUAACACCUAAACUUUUGUUGAAAGGAACUAAGAAAUCAAAAAAUCACAUGGAUAUAAACAAACUUAUUAACCAAAUGUCACAAAUGAACACUAAUAUAAAUGAAUUUAAACCUAGAAACAAACUAAUUUCUUGUAGCGAAAAGUUUGAAGGUGAUUCAAGUAAACUAACAGUAGAUAAAGAAAUGCAAAAGAAGCUUGAUGAAUUAACAAAAGAGAAUGAAAGCUUAAAGGAACAAUUGAAACAACAGGCUCAGGUAAACAAAGAAUUGAAAACAAUGCUGGUUGCUUCAAUGGGUGAAGAUCUAGAAUUUCAAGUGCAUUCUCUUAACGAAGACAAAAAGCACUUGGCCAACGCUUUACUAAACUCUGCACAACAUUUGUCAACACAUCAGGAACAAACAGAAUGGCUUGCUGGUCAGUGUGAAGUAUGGAGAAGUAAAUUUCUUGCUAGCAGCCUCAUGAUUGAAGAAUUGGCUCAGUGCAAGAAAAUGCUUAAUGAAAAAACAAUCAACUUGCAACAAGCAAUCAAACAAUUAUUAGAUGAGAGAUGCAGGAUGAGAGAUAUGUUGAUAUGCACAUAUAAAAACUUAUACAGCCUUCAUGAAAAUUGGCUUGAAAAUGUUGCUAUUUCUGAAUACAUGGGGAGUAAAAAUAGACCCAUAGGCAAUCUUAAUUUUACGACGACUUUACCACAUUCAGCAAAUGUAAUUGAUUUAGCAUCGACAAAUUUAAAGCUGUCAGAAAACAUUAGCAGCUCAAUAGACAAGCCAAAUAUCAAUCAUUUAGAUUCACUGCCAGCAACAACAGAAGCCGAGAAGUAUGCUGAACAAGUAAUGGCAAUGCCAUUUGAAAUUAAGAAAGUAAAUGAAGAACCAGUAAAUGCCCUUGUUCACCAUGCUUACAACAACAGCAGUAAUGUUUCACCGCCAGUCGCCUCUUGUGUACAUUGUAAUGGAAAAGUUCAACUGCUAUAAAACCAAUAAUAUUUAUAGUAUAUUUAUGUA